AUGGACAGCAACAGCUCUCCUGCGCGGCCAGUGUGGCCCGCAAAGAAGAGUUGGGCCUCCACGCCAGUCACCGCAUCCUCCUCUCGCGAACCAACGCCCUCUUCAUCUUCCGCAGCCUUCCCACCGCUCUCGUCACCCCAGUCACGGCGCGGCUCAGCACGACCCAGUCCUUCUCCCCUCAGCUCCGACUCUUCGCUCAUCUCGAGCUCCGCCUUCAACCCGUACCCGACACGCAGGCAGGAACUCGCCCUCCGCGCAGCCAGCCACGGCACGCGCAAACGCUCCCACAUCACACGCAGCGAUCCGUCCACUUCUCGCAUCCACUCUUUGCUCGACUACGACCACGAUGGUCACGAUACGAUUAUGCGCGAUGUCGACGACGAUGACGACGACGAUGACGAGGGGGGACAGGUGUCUUCACGAGGCGCAACAAUGUCCUCGAUCGUGUUUCGAGACCUGUCGACGUCGGCUUCGGCCAGCAGAGCCAGCUCACCUUGGCAUCAAGGAGGACUGAGUCCGGGGCUGGCUAUGUUCGCAACGACGAAGUUUGGCGGGAAGCCAAUGAAGGUGCUUGCGAAUGUGGACGAGGAGCUGGGUGCCGCGCAUAUGGGUCCAAGGAUCUACAAGCGGCAUAACCAGAAACACGUUCGGAAUAAAGUCAAGGCCAAGAUCGAUGCCAGUCAUGCGAUCGGUGCGACGAGAGAAGCGCGCGCUAAUUUAUCGGCAACUGCAAGAGCAUCGCAAGGCCGAACACUCGAUGACAGCACACCAAACACGGGCUCAGACUUGACCGCCGAGGAGCAGGGACGGUUGCGGCGAGUCGAUCUGCAGAAGCUGGUCGACGAGUGCAGGCGAUCUCACAACCUGUUGGCCGUUGAAAGGAGAGCUGCUGCAGAUCAGCUGUCUUCCUCCGAUCAGAUGCUGCCGGCGUUGAAGACGUUGACUGCAGCGAUACGGUAUCGACUUGCGGACCCAGGAACUUGGACCUCGUCGAGGUCGCUGCCGCUGCAUUCAGACGACCUCCUUCCUGUCGGGCUGCAAGGCGAGCAUCCGAUCGACUUUGCCGUUCUGUCCUCAACAAUGCUUGUUCAGGUGCGGAGAUCUGUGCUGCAAGGCUUGUGCGACUUGCUAGAUGCGCUUGCCAAUUCGACAACCGAGGUAUCCAUUUACACGCUCUCCAGCCUCCUGACAAUUCGGUCGCUGCGUCCCACCAUCACCAGCAAUGUCGAUCUCAAACCCAUGCUGCAUCGAACCUUUCUGCACCUUCUCGACACAUUCCAACGUCUUUCAGAAGGAUCGACCAUCUCGUCUGUCGAACUCCUCUCCAGCGUCCUGGAGAAGGUGGACGAAAGCGACCCAGAUGCAGAUGCAUUCGUCGAAUUGGUAGGCGAGCUAGUCGGCCUCUGCGGACAGCAAAUGUCUUCCAACCCUUCCAUCCUCACCGAAACACAAGACCGCAUACUCGUCUCCGCCGCAUCAUUCCUCUCGCUCUGCUUUCAACUUAACUCGACGCGACCCGCUGCGACACGGCUCCCCGCGCACGCCUUCUACUGCACGGUGCUCGACCUGGCGCCCUUUCUGGAACAUUUCAUCCACCACGCAGCCUCCCUCGUGCGCUCCGGCGCCGCAAAUUCUGGGAUGGCAAAGUUCAACGUCUGUCGGUGGGCGUUUCUGCUUUCUCUCGGAGCGAAAGUGAGAAUUUUGCAGCUGGAGAACGAGGUUCGGCUGAGCAGGGUUCACGCGCGCGGAUCCGCGGAGGUUCAAACGUUCACGCUCGGCCAGGCGAAGGAUGGUGGUGUUGCGCAGUUGAGCGUGAUGCCGAACAGUCUCAGUUUGCGGAUCGAGAGGGAAGCGGCGUGGGAGCAGAGCAAGUCGUUGCUGUUGCAGCUGCUCGAAUCGGGUGCGCCGGUGCGCGGGGUGCGAGUGGAAUUUGCAGGUGAACAGGCGGCGGAUGGUGGUGGACCGGCGAGGGAGUGGUUCGCUACGGUAGCGUCUAGCUGGUCUGAUGUGCAGAAGGUGCUGGGUCCACACGGAUGGUUCAUCGCCACCUCCGCGGUCGACGAGGAGGAAAGCGAGGAUGCAGCGGCGUUCCUUGGUAUGCUCCUCGCGCUCGCAGCGCUGCAUACCACCAAACUCUCGCUUCCGUUCUCAUUGCCAGCUGUCGCAUUCAAGAUCGCUACGGCGUCGAGUUUGGACGGAAUGGAGCUCGUACCGGUCGAUCUGGAGUUUGCCGAUGCUGCGCUGGCAAAGUCGUUGCAAUCUGUAUUGGAUUGGACGCCACUGAGCGGGGUUCUGGACGUGGACAAGCUGUUCGACAAUACAUUCUCGCUUACCUGGAGUACGAACAUACGAACCGCAGAGGGGGCGAUCAAAACAAUGGAUCUGGUUCCUGGUGGUCGACAUCGGAGUGUCAAAGUGGCAGAGAGGAAGGAGUACGUUUCCAAGUUGAUCUGGCGCGUGCUCAUCGGUUCGGUUAGCAAACAGGUGGGGGCGUUCAGAGACGCUUGGCAGAGCAUCAUGCCUUCGCACUGGGUGAACGGAGGGGUGGCGAACGGUGCAGAGUCUGCUUCGGACGUGCUCGGUAGAGGUGGGUUGGCGCUAUCGCUGUUCAGCCCGGAAGAGAUUGGUCAGGCGAUCGUUUCGAUCCCGACUUCGGCCGGCUCUGCACCAGCGACCCCGCUCGACAUUGCGGAUCUCAAACAGUCUACCGAAGUCAUCUUCCCCAGUUCAAUUGGCGAUGUCGCAGGCGGAAAAGCGGUGGAAUGGUUCUGGAACACAUGGUCCACUUUGAUGCCGCUCGAGCAGCGUCGUCUGCUGGCGUUCAUCACGGGUGCGCAGGAUCUUCCGGCAAGCGGAGCGAGGGGUAUCGGACUGCGUAUCCAUCUGGUGCAUCCGAAUGGGGAAGGGAUGGAUGCACGUUCGUGGCCGCUGCCGUGGUCUUCGACGUGCACGUCGACACUGUUCUUGCCGGUCUAUCCGAGCUGCCAGGUGCUGGAGGACAAGGUACGGAUCGCAAUCGAGCACUAUCAGGGGUUCGGAUUGAGGUAA